UGGUCUGUGUGUGGGAGAAGGAGCCGUCAGCUCUGCGGGGUAGACUCUCGUUCUAACCCUGUUCAAAGUAAAGACCGAGAAAAAGAGGCAACGGUUCCUCGUGAACGGGACGGGAGAUGGAUAACAGUAAACGGGCUGUGGUCGUUACAGGUUUCGGGCCAUUUGGAGAGCACACUGUCAACGCCAGCUGGGUAGCAGUACAGGAACUGAAGAAGCUCGGGCUGGGCAGUGAUGUGGAUCUGCAUGUACACGAGGUUCCUGUUGAGUACCAACAAGUCCAGAGUUUGGUUCCUUCAUUAUGGAAGCAGUAUCAUCCACUGUUGGUAGUUCAUGUUGGAGUUUCGGGUAUGGCCACAACUGUCACGCUGGAGAAGUGUGGAAGAAAUCAUGGUUACAAGGGCCUGGACAACAGCAGCUUCUGCCCCGAUUCACAGUGCUGCGUUGUUGGAGGCCCAGACUGCAUCAACUCGAUCAUUGACAUGGAAUUGGUCUGCAAACGAGUGAAUGCCUCAGGGCUGGGAGUAGCCGUGUCUGUCUCCAGAGAUGCCGGGAGGUAUCUCUGUGAUUUUACCUACUACACCUCUCUGUACCUGAGCCACGGCCGCUCUGCCUUUAUUCAUGUGCCUCCUCUUGGAAAGCCUUACAGUAAAGAAGACCUGGGUCGUGCACUGCAGGCCGUCAUCCAGGAGAUGCUGGAGCUUAUGGACCAAGCUGAAGGGAAGAUUCACUGCCAACAACACUUCCACUAAGUGACCUCCAUAUGCCAACUAGCCUCUCCAGCCCUUACCACACAAGAGAAAUUGCACUUAAUCACAAGUAGCCAAACCUCCUGCCCCUUUUUUUUUUUUAAACUGUAUCUUUAAUUGGUAAUAAUGACACUUCACAGUAUAAUCUGCUUUCAAAGUUUGUCUUGCUUCUUUGCUUCUUGCUUUGCUAGGCCCGAUUCUGUUACGGUCUCAUUGUAACGUAAGCUUUAAAAGAACUGGAAGCAUUCUGACAUUGGAGCAAAAUGUGAGGAAAAACCAGAUAAACACAGGAGCAAAAUGCUGCUUGUGUUGUUCACAUGCGGUCGCAGCAGGUGGUCUCUAAUGUGGCAGAUAUUAUAACCCGUAACCCCAAAUGUGACUCCUAAUAAUGCACCUUAUAGGGGUAGGGUUAUUAAAAUUAUUAUAGAAGACACAUUUGGGGGAAACUGUAAUCAUAAUGGUUCUUUCUCAGAUUUUUUUUUUCUUAGUUGGUCACAAUAGGUUUCAUGUAGCACACAUAAAAGUCUGCAUUAUGGAUUAAUAUGAAACAUCCAGCAGUAAACUGCUCAUUUUAUUUUCCUUCACAUAUUCUCCUCUCUGUAUUCUAAAGCUUACCUGUGCUUUUCUCAUUUAUAUUGAAUUGUUUUCUUGAGUCCUUUUUCUUUAUAAGAAGUUGUAAAUUUGCCUUCUUUGACAAAGGUUAUUUAAAUCAGGGAACGGGUUGGUUCCAGCUCACAUUUCCCCAGUUUGUCGGCCCAGUUCUGACAGAAACACCCCCUUCUUUCCAACCCCCCCUCCCCCCACUGAGAUCUGGCCCCGGGAUGUGCAAUGUUACUUCACAGAUCUCAUUCAUUGAUUCAGUGGGAUAAUUAUGUCAUACAUCAAGGCUGCACAACUGGAUUUUAACUGUAGAAAGUAUGUAUUAAACUGUAACAGAUGAGUUAUAUAGAGUGAAGUAGUUCAUAUCAUGUAGCCUUGUUGUUAAAGCGCACUUUGGGCAUGACUCUCCCAGACUCACUGGAUGGUGAAAUAGUGACACUUGCUGUGAUUUGUGUCUGAGGAUGCCUGCUGGCUUUGACAUUGCAUAUUUUAUCUUAAACCUUUUAGAAAUCUUUCUUUUGUGGUUGUGCAGCUCUAACUAUUUCCUUGAUUAACUUUCUGUCGUUCCUGUCAUUAAAUCAGGUGUAGCUGCUUAUUUUAUCUGAGAAUCUGAUUUGAUGAAGUUGGACUUUGCUUUCAGUCAGAAUUGGGCCUCAUGUCUUUUCUGUAGCACUUGGUUUCUUUUUUUUCUUGUGUAUUUCAGUUUUACUUAAUCUGGAAUUUGGACAGCAUUUCUCAAGCAAUGUGAAAGCUUCUGUUUUGUUUUUAUUUUCUGUCACUUUAACUUGUGUAGCUUUCUAGACCUCCAUUGUCAACCCUUUUCCUCAUGGUGAUUAUGACGUAGAGCAGGAAUGCAUGGCGAUGACAGUAACACUCCCAGAGUAAAUGCUCUUUUUUCUUUUUUUUAAAAAAAAUUGGAUUGUGUUGUGUUUUGUCAUCUCGAUCACUCCCUGGCUCCUGAGAAUCUGACUGCCUACACCUAACACAGCUUCAGUUCAAGUAAUUUUGGCCUGUAAUCAUUUAUAUACUGCUAAAUACAGUGUUCAUGCCCCAACGAUAGAUCUGCAGUGGUGUGAAAAAGUAUUUGCUCGCUUCCUUUUUUUUGUAUGUUUGUCACACUUAAAUGUUUCAGAUCAUCAAACAAAUUUAAAUAUUAGGCAUAGAUGACCCAAGUAAAUGCAAAAUGCAGUUUCUAAAUGAAGGUGUUUAUUAUUUAGGGGAACCUACAUGGCCCUGUGUGGAAAAAGUGAUUGCCACCCAAACCUAGUAACUGUUUGGGCCACCCUUACUAGAAACAACUGCAAUCAAGCGUUUGCAAUAACUGGCAAUGAGACUUUUACAGUGCUGUGGAGGAAUUUUGUCCCACUCAUCUUUAUAGAAUUGUUAUAAUUCAACCACACUGGAGGGUUUUAGAGCAGGAAUUGCCUUUUUAACUUUGCCUAGGCCACUCCAAAGCCAUUCAGAGUUGGACUUGCUGGUGUGUUUUGGAUCAUUGUCCUGCUUCAGAACCCAAAUGCGCUUCAGCUUAUGGUCACGAACAGAUGGCCGGACAUUCUCCUUCAGGAUGUUUUGGCAGACGGCAGAAUUCCUGGUUUCAUUUAGCACACCAAGUCUUCCAGACCCAUAGGCACCAAAACAGCCCACCACCAUAUUUUACUGUUGGUAUGAUGUUCCUUUUUUGAAAUGCUGCACAGAUCAUUUUCUUAGCUCUCUUGGGGAUGAUCAAGAUGUUUUUGGCAGAUGUGAGAUGAGUCUUUCUCUUGUUUUUGGUCAGCAGUAGUUUUCUCCUGGAACUCUCCCAUGGAUGCCAUUUUUGCCCAGUCUGUUUCUUAUUGUUGAAUCAUGAGCUGUGACCUUAACUAGACAAGUCUGUGAUUCUUUAAUUUUAUUCUGGAUUCUAUUGUGAUCUCCUGGAUGAGUCCUUGCUGUUCGGGGUGGCUGUAGCUCAGGUGGUAGAGCAGGUCAUCUACUGAUCGGAAGGUUGGUGGUUCGAUUCCUGGCUUCCCCUAGUCUGCAUGCCAAAUAUCCUUGGGCAAGAUACUAACUCCAAAUUG